GUCGACUACGCAGCGGCAUUCUCAAGUCUGGAUGGACAAACCAUCAGUGGCGUCACAGAACGACGGGCCGCCGCCAUCAGAGAGGACACACCUUGGGACACACAAGGGGACCCGCAGCCGCACAUUCAUCGCAGGAACUUGUAAGUGGGUCGGGAGAAAUCUCAGGGCCGCUGACGAAUGAUAUCUUCCUGUCUUUGCGUGCGUGAAUCUGCAGGAAGCCGUAGCAGCGUAGCGAUCUCUGGUGUGUGUGUGCGUUGAGAGCGAUGGACGGCCCGCCAGCCAAAGCCCCGCGCACUGCCGCUCCGGCCCAGAGUGAUGACCCGUCUAACCGCAAUGCAUCAAAGAGCCUCACGAGCCUUCUGGAUGGCGAUACCUGGCUCAACGUGUCAUCGUAUCAGUCCGUCAAGGAGCGCCUGGCGAUGAGCUGUGUCUGCCGUGCCUUCUACUGGGCCAUCUAUUCGCUGAUCCGGGUCAUCAACUGGCACCGCCCCAACCACGGCCUCAGCUGCAGGGGACCGGGCGGCAGCCUCGUGACGUUCGAGCAGCAGCAGCAGGCCAUCAUCCUGCUGCCCACAAAGGAGGAGGUCGAGGAGAUCGGCCGGGCGCGGCUGUUCGCCUUUGUCUCUCUGCAGCUGGUCAACCACAUCGACACUCUCAAGGCCAUCCAGACGACACAAGCCAAGCAGCAGCGAGACGGGAAUGAUGAUGCCGAUGAAGAGGGGAGCGACCAGCCAGUGGCGCAGGUCAGGGGGCCCGAUGCGGUGUUUCCGUCGGUCAGGUCGAUUGAGGUGGACAGCCUCGACGGACUCCAUCUGUUCCAGCAGCAGAAGCUCGUCUGCCCAGCGCUCGAGCGGCUCACCGGCAAAGUCCUCCCUGAGUACACAAUCGGUCGCCUCGAAGUGCCUGGCAAGUGGGCAUCCAGGAUCCGCGCCACGUUUGAUGGCAGCCUGGCGUUCAUCCUGGGAUCGUCCCCAUCCCUCAGCCACCUGGACAUCUUCCCACUGCUGUGCUGCCACGGACGGGCAGCUGACUCUGUCGUACCCCUCACCACCGCUGCACUCUCAUCGCGCAAGAACCUGCACCACGUCGGCCACCUCACGCUGUUGGGGAGCUCACGGGUGUUUUACCCCCCACUACGCAACCCGGAGACCAGCAAGGUGGUGACUCUCCUGCGGCAGCUGCCGCUGCACGAAGGCGGCGCGGCGGGCUCGACCGGCAGCGCAAGUGCGGCCCUUCCCCCCUCCCCCUUCCCGUCGGGAGCCGCCAGGAAGCGCCAGCUCAAGGUCACCUGCCCACUUGAGAUCGUCCGAGACCUGGUCAACCCAGACAACUGGUCCAAUGGCUCGGUGCAGACGAUUCAGGCGGCAGAGGAGAUGGGAUGGGAGGUGGUGAGGGAGGGAGGCGAGACCUCCAUCCACUGCUACGGCGAGACGACUCAGGGCCCGCCGACCGCCGAGACCCUCAAGCUGGUGGAGACCAUCAAGCGGCACGUGGGAGGGGGCGACCGUGUGAAGUUGGAAGGAUGCUGGAUCGAGUCGCCCUCUCCCACCAGCCCAUAUUUCAGCGGCAUCCGCUUCGAUAGCGCGCGCCGCCUAGCGAUCGAGCUCGACAGUGAUUGCCCCGAUGUCGAUGCUGAGUGCUUCGAUUGCAUCCCCCAGUGGCUGACCGAGGAGAUGACCACGCUCAACUCACUCAGGUGAGUGAGGCGAAUAACAGACGCGAUGAAGGCGCUUGACCCAGUUCCUCUGUGUGUGUGUGUGUGUGUCGAUUCUUGGACAGUAACGUGACAGAGCUCUACCUGAUGGACUUUGGUAGCACGGAUGAUGUCUCGACGUGCGACCCCGAGUACCUGAUCCCGCCCGCCACGCCCAACCGACUCUCGCGCCUCCUCUCUUCACUCCCCGCCCUCACACACGUGUACCUCUGUGGCCCGACGGUGAACGGCAUCAUGGCCUCUGAGGUGCUCGCGUACAUCCAGCAGGGCAUCACACCAAAGCCACUGAAGGUACCAAUGCACACACAUGGCACGAACACACCCCUUUCGAAUGACUCCUUCUCACUUGGGUCGCAGAAGUUGGACAUAGCGGAUUUUUCGCUCUUUCUCUACCGGCCUUGCACCAAGGCGGCCGCCCCAGUCGCCUUCCCCUCACCCGACACCGCCCGCCAGUACCCCAGAGUGCAAGACCUCAGCAUCGAGAUCAGACCCAUCGACCACCCCAUGGGCGACCAGGACAUCUACAACCCGACAGCAGGGAGCGUCCCCGAGCGGCUGCGGGACCUCUUCCGCCUCGUCCAUGAGGUGCGGCCCGAGCGCGCCACUCUCAACCUCAGCGAGCGAGCCGACAUCUUCACAGCCCCUGGCGAGCCUGACCGAAUCAAGAGCCAGCUCGACUUGCUGUUCCGCGAGGGCCGUGUGCGUGAGGACAUGGCCGAGUAUGCCAUGGAGGUGCGUCUGCCCAACAUCUACCGGCGGUAUGAUGGUGAGGAGUCGUCGCUCCACGAGCUGGCAGCCCGGCCGCGCGAGCACGAGGUGACCGUCAAGAUGGAGAUGUGGCCGCUCGACGACUGUGACGACGAGGAGGGGAUGGAGGGUGGGGAGGGCCAGUGGACGGACUGAUGAUGGAGGAGAUAGUUACUUAUUGUGAAUAGCCAGCUAGUUGUGUAGACAGACAGACAGACAGACACACAGACGAGAGGACAGACCGACCGAGCCUCAGACGGGCCUUGUUCUGCGGCACGGAGCGGGUGCGGUGGCGUGCCGUCUGCGGGUCGAUUUUGAGGGUGCAUCGACGGCUCUGGGUGGGUGCAGACCAUGCAUGCAUGACUGACUCAAUGCGUGUGCCCACAUCACCGUGUCAUCUCUCGUGCGUUGGACAUGGACAUGGA